GACAUUAUUUAGAAAACAGAAGCAAGCACCAUGGCAAUGAAGAAGCUCUCUUUCCCUUGUCUACUUCUCAUCUCUUUCGCUCUACUCAUAACGACCUUCUGCGCCACCGCAAGGUCACCGUCUUCGAGACAGGGUUUCACUGCUCAUCUCAUCCACCGCGACCACAUCCACCACCCUGGCAAACAUCCUGCACAGCGUUACACCGAUGCGUUCCGACGCGCCUUUGCCAGGGUCCAACGCCAUUUCGAGAUGAAUGUUCCUAUCCCGCCUUCGUUCCAUCUCGAUACAGUUCAGUCCGAAAUCCUCCCGGACAACGGGGAAUAUCUCCUGAAGUUGUCGAUAGGUACCCCACCUUUCGACGUCUACGCCAUCGCCGAUACCGGUAGCGACCUCUUCUGGACUCACUGCCUCCCCUGCGAUCGGUGCUACCCUCAGAAAAAGCCCAAGUACAACCCGAAAUCGUCAUCCACAUACCGCGACGUCGCUUGCCCGUCCCAACAGUGCCACCUUGUGGACAACACCGUGUGCGCUUCUCCCUCCAACACGUGCAACUACACCUACGGAUACGCCGGUGGCCUGACAAAGGGCAUCCUCGGGACGGAGACACUGACCUUCGCAUCCACCAUGGGGCCGCCAGUUACGCUGCCGAACGUAGUGUUCGGCUGCGGCCGCAACAACACUGGGGCCUUCAGCGACACCGAGAUGGGACUCGUCGGGCUCGGGAAGGGCCCCGUCUCACUCAUCUCACAGAUGGGCACGUCGUUCGGGGGCAGGCGGUUCUCUCAGUGCCUGGUCCCCUUCCACACCCCGCCGACCAUCACGAGCAAGAUGAGCUUCGGCAGCGGCAGCGAGGUCUCAGGGCCCGGCACCAUCACGACCAGCCUUGUAGCCUUGCAAGACCCGACCUGCUAUGGUGUGACCCUAUACGGGAUAAGCGUCGGGAGCACCUACCUGCCUUUUAGCUCUUCUGGGGCGAGCACGAAGGGGAACAUGUUCCUCGACUCGGGGACACCUCCGACGAUCGUGCCGAGAGAUUUCUACAACAGGUUGGAAGCGGAAGUGAAGAGAGUGGUGAAAUUGCCGCCCAUCGACGACCCUCAGCUAAGGCCACAACUAUGCUACGGGAGGGACGUGCUGGCGAAGGGGCCGGUGCUGACGGCGCAUUUCGACGGCAAAGCGGACGUGGAGUUGAAGCAAACGAGCACGUUCAUAGAGGCUAAGGAUGGCAUAUUUUGCUUCGCCAUGACUCCCACUGACAGUCCUGGUGGGAUAUUCGGCAACUUUGCUCAGGCUGAUUAUUUGAUCGGUUUUGACCUCGAUAAGAAUACUAUUUCUUUCAAGUCAACCGACUGCACCAAGCUGUGA